UCUUCUAUUCCUGUGGUUUCCAAGGUUCCCAGUUCCCACCAUGAUCCUUGGAAUGGAUGUGUCUCAUGGCUCUCCUGGGCAUUCUGAUAUUCCGUCCAUUGCUGCGGUGGUAAGCUCUCGCCAAUGGCCACUAAUUUCUCGUUACAGAGCAACUGUUCAUACUCAUUCCCCUAAAGUAGAAAUGAUAGACUCUCUGUUUAAAAAGGUGUCUGACAAAAAGGAUCAACGUAUCAUAAGAGAGCUUCUCUUGGACUUUUAUGUGAGUUCCGGCAAAAGGAAACCUGACCAGAUUAUCAUAUUCAGGUCUGUAUCUUUAAUGAUGUGAUGUCUUAAGUGUGCUUGAUUUAAUGCAUUAUCUAUAUUACCAAUCCUCUUUUAAGAGGACU